UGCAUGGCUACGUCAUGGCCACCAAGGUUACCAUCGCUUGCUAGCCAAACAAGUUGUCCCAGCAACGCGAAUCGAAUUCAGUUCCCCCCGUCGUAUCACUCAUUGUAGCUCAAAUCGUGGUUCAGGAUAUAGAUUCCAGACACGUCUUACACCUCUUUACACCUUAUUAACUAGUUCCCUUUAAGAAGGAUGCCCUGCUUUUCCGCCUCCAAUGUGCGAUUCGUCAGUGCAGAAUCCCAGGUGCAACAAAAGUGCAAUGAGCUGAGAGCCAGGGCACGAGCCCAAACGGCAGCCUAUCGCCCGCCCCCUGGUGGGUUCCGCCCACCCUUUGGGUCCUUCAGGAGACCACUGUGUGACCAGUCGGCAGCCUAUGACCAGAAACAACUAAAGCGCAAUGAACGCGAUCGAAAGCGCAAUCAGGGCACAAAACAGGUGGUGCUCCAUGCCGGGGAGCUUCGUCGUCUCAAGGAUCAGGGAAAACUAGAAACCGUAAGCGAGAAACUGCAGAGAAUUGAGCAGCAGGAGGAAAAGCACCGCAGGCAGCUGCAGAUGGUUGAGGAGACGCGACGGCGUUUCAAGUCCAUCGAUGAGGCUAAGGGGGUGGGCGCGUCGGAGGGCAGAACCACCUUGCUCAGCGAGGUCCUGGAGGAGAAGCAGUCUGUGCUUAGCCGCGCUUUUCUUGCCCGCCAAGAGCAAGAACAGGAGGUGAAGCAGAUAAACCGCAUGAUUCUCGACGCAAAAUGCAAAGCUGUGCGGGAAGCGCAGAUCCAUGAGAAGCACCUUUUAUCCAAGGCGCUGCGCGAGGACGAUGAACGACUGGCACGUAUGGUCAACGAACGGGCCCAGAAAGCGCUGACCGAAGAGGAUCAGCGCGAGCGACUGGAGGUGGAGAAGCGGAACCGCUACGCGCAGGAGAUUCGGCAGCAGCUCUCGGAACGCGAGAACGUGCGCUACUUGGAAGCCAAGCGGGUGGCCGACGAAGCCAAGGACAUUCGACGCGCCACCGAGCUCUUGCGUAGCCAGGAGGAGCAGCAACGGGCCUUUGCCCAACUGCGCAAGCAAAGGUUCCGGGAGGAGCUCCAGCGCAUCCGGGACAUGUCCAACGUCUUUAAGGCGAUGCUAAGCGAACAGGAAAGAUUGGCUGAACUGCGUGUAACCGCCUACAUGCGCGAUAAGCAGGAGAAGGAGCGCCAGCUAAAGGAAAUGCAGCGAUUGGCCAAAAAAGAGUUCGAGCGCCGCCAGCAGCGCAUCUUCACGGUAGCUGCCGAAGCCAUGGAGACGCGCCACACCAACGACGAGCUGAAGUAUCUGAAGGAGCGGGACCGCGUGGAGCGCGAGUACCGCCAACGGGAAAAGGAAGCGGCCAUAGCGCGUCGCGAGGCUGAGCGGGACCUGCUCGAAGCACGGGCUCAGCAGGCCCAGGAGAUGAAGCAGCGCCUGGCUCUGGAGAUCGCCCACGCCGGAGAGGAGUUCGCCAAGGUCAUGGAUCGGAUGCGCGAGGAGGAGGAGAAGCAGAAGGUCAUGGAUCGUCAGCGGGACGCUCAGCGGCAGGUGUACCGCCAGGACCUGCGCCAGCAGAUGACAGACAAACAGUCGGAGCGUCGUCGUCUGGCCGAGCUGGAAGCCGUAAGAGUGCAGAAGUGGCUGGAUCAAGAGAAGCAGCGGGACGCCAACAUCCAGCAGGUGAUCAGCGCUAAGAUCGCGACUAUGCGCGAGAAUUGCCUACCGGAAAAGUAUCUGCGGGAGGUGGAAAAGCAGUUGAAGAACAUCCAAAGCUCCCGCAACCGGAUCCGCUGAGGAAAUUCUUAACUCCCACGCGGUUGCCUAUUGUCGGGCGCUCUUGGAAUGCCGGUAGUGGGGUACAUGUUGCACCUCGAAGUAUGCUAUUAGUUCUAGUACUGAAAGGUUUCAAAAUAAAAUACACUUAAUAGAUGGAGUGCUGUUUCCAGCAAGCAAGAAUGCGUUUCAUGGCUGGGUAGGUAGGCACUACUACAAAGAUCUAAGAGGUUCGAACUUCGAAGUUCGAAGCCGAUUCACAGCCCAAAAGUAUGCCGUUAAAUUGACAGCGAAAAGUAAAUGGCGAAUCGAAAUCAAAGAAGCGCCUUGAUAACGAAGCGACAUUGUUGCGCGUGCGGUAGAAGAGUCCGCCCACACAUCACGCUAAUUUCCAACUAUGUAGGCGUUUAGUCCACCUCCCCCCAGCAACCCACUUUCCCCGCGGGUGGGCACAAACAAUUACGGGUGAGCGGGAAUGGGGUGGGGAAAAACUACAGCCUGGGUGCCAUGGAAAAAGUGGUAGCCAACUUUUGGCUACAAUAAAAUUUUAUCAUGCCACACACAUACGCUGAGCGUACACAAGCAAACAAUGGAAAGAAGACGAAGACGAGA